AUAAUGAAUUUCAAGGCCAAUAGAGUUUGUUUACUUACUUGUUUUUUUUAAAACAGGGCCAAAUGCAUCUCAAGGCUAAUAGUGUUUACUUAACUGAAGUCCCCAGCUGAGCCAUCUUAGCAUUCAAUGCUGCAAAGGGGGUUGUCAUUCAAUAUUAAUCUAAAUACUAACGCCAUUAAGGAGUGCAACAUAUUUAUAUAUGAUAAAAUGUUUUACAUUUGAUAAAUAAUAAUUUAAUAGCAAACAAGAAAAAGUUUUAUUGAGCCAGCCCAUCCAGAAUUUUCCAGGCAAAAAACUCCGAGGAUAUUCCCACUAAAAUUCUCCCUUUAUUUUACCAGAGAGUAGAAUUCACUACCAUAACCCUUCUUAAGUGACUUCAUGAUGCACUAUGGGUGAUUGAUGUGUAUAUAUAAUUGCACUACAGUCUUCAUUUAUGGAAUCUUGAUAGUGUAAGAUGUGAGCAAGUGACAAGAUCAUGUCAUGGAGGAUAAGUUGACCUUUAGCUAUUAGUCACAAUGGCUGCAUGGAACCUUCUGAAUAUUAGACCUGGAUACCAGUUGCUAGGAAGGCAAGGUGCAAAAGAGCUUCAUUACCUUCAUGCUUUUCUCGUGGACUGUCACAAAGGAUCCAGCGGUACAUUUCAAGAAGGAUGCUGACUGAGUGAUGAACCAUCCUUUGGAACAGGGACGUCUGCAAAAUUCAUAGUGAUGGCAGCUUUCUGCCAUUCUCCUUAGUGCCAGGAGACUGAAAACAGUCUUGUUUCAUGCCCUGGAAAAAUGUCAAAAACUCCAAACCCCACAAAAACUGGUAGCAAAAAACAGGUGACUUCAGAAGCAUCCCCAGAUCCAGCACCCAAGCCAGAGAGUAGUAAGCUUUCCAGCUCUCUCCUCACAGUUGAAAAUGUCAAAAAACAUCAGGAGGAGAACCCUGUGGCUAAAUCGGAUCUUGCUCAGUGGUCAAUAGAAACAUAUAUUGAAGAAAGUAAUCGCUUUUUGACUGAGAGUGGCACCAAGACGGAGGAGAGCAGGGAGCAGGCGGUGUCAAAUGAAUCAAGAGUUCUUCGUGAAGGUUACCCAGAAAACGCCAAUCAAACUUUAGGAAAAGAUUUCCAGACAAGACCUCUGUCAGCUCCAGUUCCUGAAACUCAGUCACCCAAAAAACGGGAAGUUGCUGAUUUGGAGACUCAGACUGAAUGGAGCUACUCGGUCAGCUCUGAAGACUCCAGUGAACUGGAAAUAGAAACGAAGGAGCAGAGAAGUACAGACGGAAAAGAGAAAAGUGAGACCACAGAAGGCACAGAAAUAUUGCAUCAUGCAGAAGAGGAAGGAACAUCUGAGAUCGAGCUGGAGACUGGAAGCAUUUCCGAUGAGGAGAAGAUAAAGUCUUUUGUCCAAGAUGAGGUGAGAUUUCAGAUUUCUGAUUUCUUCCCAAGAAGCAGGAUUAUCCAGCUUUUGAUGCAAACUCAAAAUAACACAACACACCAAGGAAAUUCAAAGCUUUUUGCAUGGAAAGUGGGCGUGAGGGCUUACUUCUGCAUAAUUAUCCCAAGAGAUAAAUCUGAGGAACAUCCGGUCACCGAUCUGUUCCUGAUGGGUCGCUGUGAGUUUUGCACCUCCUUCCUGAAGCCUUUGCCAUCCCCAGAGGAACUGGAGGAGAGACCAGAGAAGAUGGAGCACUUUCUGUGUUGCAGGACCUACAAAGAGGUUUUCCAGUGUGUGAUACAGGAGCUGAUGGAGAGGCCAGGCAGCGAAAUCGACAUCCGUCCUCAUGGCCGACUGUCCCUUACAACAAUGGAGAGCAACACUAAAAGGAUGAUAAUGGAAGAGUUAGAGGAGCGAGGUUUUGAGCGAUACAGAGAGAUAUUUAUGCAGUACAUAAAAUUUGGCCCAUGCAUCAAAAUUCAUUUCAAAUUAUCAGACUACCCACCCAAACCAGAAACUGCGAUCCUAAAGAAACGGUAUCCAGAACCCAAAGAGCUGCUGGAGAUUGACUUGGAAUUCAAAGCCGAGCAAUUAAAGCUUUGCCACCCUUUUGAGCCUGUGAAAAGAUACUAUCACGAUGGAAAGAUCUUCUUCCUUCUUUUUCCGGAUGGAACGGGCCAAGUCUAUUACCCAUCAGGCCGCCUUGCCCUCCUCAUUGCUUAUGUGAGGGAGACCCAGUUCACCUACAGCAUCCUCGGGGACAGAAAGGACCAGGAACUUCUGGCCUUCUUCACGAACCAGGGCCACGCAGCGUAUUACCAGCAAAAAGAAAAGCUCAGGCUGCACCUGGACCUUUGCAACGGCUCCGUCUUUGACAAGAAAGGACAGCGGCAGAAGUUCUGGAACUGGUGGGGCACCGAGGGCCACGUUCACGCACCUCCUUUCCAGCCCAUCUGCCUUCAACUCAACGUUUAUAUCCAGGUUAAAAUUAAAGCCCAAGAUCAGGUUUUCUUCACUUUUACAAAGGUUCAUGAUUGUCUCUGCCUCAACGUUGGCGCGCGGCUGAAACUGAAGGAUCCAGCCAUGCUUUGGGUCCUUCAGCAAUAUGGAACCAGGGACCACCUGGUGAGGCCUUCCGUGCUGGAGAAGAUCAGCAGAAUCUUGGCCAAUGUGAAGAAGGUAUUAAAGAACCUGGACUCUGACCCCUCAAAAGAAGCUGCGGACCUGCGCCUUGUAUCGAAGGUGUACGAAAGAAUCCACCGAAGACAGAAGAAGAAGUAGCACAGAGAGAGAGAAGUUAAGAUUGCGGGAAGCCAAUCUCAUAUUUUGGGUAGUAUGGAAACUACUAAGUUAGCUUCAUAUAGAAACCAUUAAAUCUUCCAUCUAUACCGUA